AUUCAAUGACACAUUAUGUAGACUUUGUUAUUCGUGAUCAGUUUAAAAAAACUCCUGUAUCUAAUCGUAAACGUGUAUAUAAGCUAAAGCUUUAUAAAUUUUAAGUUUUACAAUAUUGCAUUUUCAGUGCAUAGCGAUAUUACCGUUAUAGCAUUUAUCAUUCGUAACGUACGUGUCGAAUUAAGUGAAAACAAUGAAGGCCUGUGAUCGAACAUUUAUAGUUAUCGUUGUUUCAAGUGUGAUUGUUGGUGUAGCAGCUCGUGAAAAGGAUGUGCUGAAAUCUGUUGUUGUGCUAUUUCGACAUGGUGAUAAAACACCGACGACGUCAUUUCCUAAUGAUCCAUACUUCGACAAGAAAUACUGGCCAAUGGGAUUUGGAGAGCUUUUAGAUAAAGGCAAAAUACGUCACUUUCGUGUCGGCCAAUGGCUGCGCUCGACUUACGCGGAUUUUCUUCCUUCGAAAUAUAACCGCAAUGACGUGAGAGUUUUCAGCACUGACAUCGAUAGGACAUUGAUGUCAGCCCAGUGCAACUUGGCUGGACUGUAUCCAUCAAAAGGAAUCACAGAAAAUCGGAAGGAAUCUGUCAUACAAAGAUUGCAGGGACUGAACAACACCGAUGAAACUAAAAAAAUGCAGCCUGAGAAAGUAGCAAAUCAGCCAGGGAAGACGAAAGUUGAUUCAAAAGGCGAGCAGAUAAAACAUAAACAAACAAAAGGGACGGAUCUUGAUCAGAAAGUACAAAUGGAUCUCAAAUUACUGGAUGAUCUGCCUUUCCAACCAGUUCCGAUACACUCAGCUCCAGACGAAGUAAACGGAAUGCUUAGGUCCAUUGAAGGAUGCCCAAACUAUCGGAAGUUAUACGAUCAGUUGGCGAAUGAAACGUUUUUCAAAAAUGUCAGUGAGAGAUAUAAGGAAUUCUAUGGACUCGUUUCAAAUCUAACAGCAUGGCAAGUUGAUGACCUUCACUACUUCGCCCAACUGCAGAGUAUAUUUUACGUUUACAAAGAAGCCAAUCCUAGCUAUCUGCCCGAUUGGCAUUUGCUCGUCGACCCCGACGAUCUAGAAUAUCUAGCAGCCCUGCAUUACUCCAGAAUAAGUUUCAACCCGGAGCUGGCUAAGCUGUCAACCGGCAUCUUCUUCAGCGAGCUUUUACAACACUUCGAUCAAGUGAUAUCGCCCAACGACUACAACAGAAAAUUGUACUUGAUAUUCGGCCACGAGGAAAAUCUGGCUGCCAUUUUGAACAGCAUGGGGGUUUUCGAAUACAGGGUGCCCAAAUUCGCGAGUGCCAUAAUAUGGGAGUUAUACGAAGCCGAAGGAAGGAAUUACGUACAGGUUUCGUACAGGGAAAGCGAUGAUUAUACGAAAAAUUUGACGUUGGCGGGUUGUGAUACGAGAUGCGAUUAUGACUGGUUCAGGAAUAAACUGGAGCCCAUUCUGAUGGCUCAGAGAGAUAGGAAAAACGCAUGUGAUAUAAAAGAAGACUGAAGCUGACAUAGGAAUAGGGAAGAUACAAAAUGCUAUUUAUUUAUAUUGCCACAAAUGGAUCUUUAUGAAUAUACAGGGUGUUUCAGUUUAUUGUUGCAUAACUUUAAGAUACGAUAGAGCUUUUUAAAUUAAUGCAUAAAGUCUAUAUAAUCAUGGGUCGAUAAAUGCGUGGCUUCUGAAAUACAGGGUGUUUAAAUUUACUUUCUAAAAU